AAGCCACCAUCCAUUUCUUCAUGGGGACCCCAAAGUCAGAACGCCCCAGGGAUGUAGGUGUGGAUCUCAGCUUCAGCGUGCCUCAGAAGAAGCUCCGAAUCAAGCUACUUCAUCCCAAGAAAAAAAUCAAGGUGGAUGGGGCUGAGUGAUGUACAGACCUCCAGAGGGGAGCAGAGAUAUGAGACUCAACUGGAGGCAAAGCUGAUCAGACGAGGCAGCCCUGUCAUUCUCAUGGGCAACAUUACCAAACAAAUGGGCAGGAAGAUGACAUUUUCAAUGUCCCUGAUGAAUGUGCUGAAGGACAAAGCCUUCUUGUCAGCAAUCUUGGAGAAGAAGGCAGAGGAUGGAUUCCAGCUGUAUGCACUUGAAGGAGAAGUCUAUCUUCCAGAUAUUGUGGGUUUUCAUGCCAUUGGCCUGUUACAGCAAAGAGGGAGCCUCUGGACUAAUGCCCUGAGGAUAAAAUAUGGGCUUUUAGGAGAGGCCAAGCACCUCCAGCAGGAAUGCAAUGCCGGCCAGAAGCUCAAAGUGGAGAACCAUCUGGAGGUGUACAAGCUGGACCUGGGGCAUGAGUUUCAUUGUACUCAGGUUACUACGUAUAAUCACAAGAUUCAACUGCAGCAUGAGGAGAGUGUGUCCCGUUUACAUUCCAUGUUGGAAGUGAGUUAUGGGAAGCACUGGGACGAGAUCAACAAUCAAAGGAAGCUCCGAGUCAGUCAGACCUUCAAAAAUGACUCUGGUCCAGCCCUGAGCAACUAUUUCAUGGAGUUCCUGCUGCAGAUACCAGAGAGACAGGUGGAUUACCGAACCCAACUCCAGCAUUCCAGUUUCUCACAGGGCCAUGUGGAGAGCAGCACUCAUCUGAAGGUGCAGUAUAAUGGCCGCCUGCCCUUUGUGGCUGGCCUCCAGUGGAAGGACACGUCUCGAGGUCUUCUAUGGAAAUGGGAAGGUGCUUUGAAUUUGGAUACCCCAUGGUUGCUGUUGUCCCUGGCUCACAGACUGCACCAACCUCACCGGGCUAUGUACCAGGCUACUUGGGAGCUGACAGCAGGGAAGGCCUUAUCCAUCAGGAACCUGGUGGUAGAGCUGUCAUGCAAAGACAAAGUCCGAGACAAAGAAGGGAAGAUUCGCAUUUACACACCAACCACCACCUACCUCAGGGCAUCCACAUCGAUUACCUGGGACCAGAGCAUCCUCCGAAGCCAGGGUGAGCUGGUGACCACCUGGAGUCCCCUGGUUCAGAUCAAGGCCCACCUGGAGAAUAGAUGGGACAAGAAGCUCUUCCAUUGUUGGCUGAAGGGUCCCAGGCAGGGACUGAACCUCACUUCUGCCUACAGAUAUACUGAAAGGCCCAGAAAGACUACUGUGUUAAUAAUGGCCCUGUGGACCGAUUCCAAAAGCCAACCCAUUGGACUGCAACUGGAUGGCCAGCUGGAGGAGCUAAAGAGGGAGAGGCUACUGUACCAGAAGCGAGGAACCCUACAUCUCAGACACCCCCUAAAACUGCCCAUCCCUCAGAGCCUCCUCCUGCAGGAGACAUUUACUGCAGACAAAAGCCAGAAGCACUACAUGUUGGAGACCAAAGUCUUGGUGAAUGAGCUGGAAGAAUGCCUACAGACCCUGACCCUGGGCUACCAGGCUGACCGCCCCUAUAUCUGUGCCACCCUGACUCAUCCGUACAAUAGCAAGGUCAUCCCCAGGAGCAUAGACACGUGUGUGGUGACAAGGAUUCAACAAAACCGGGACCAGGAGGUGGAGGCUGCUCUGAAAGUUGAUCAGAAGGAUGUCCUGUACGUGAAAGGAAGACACCAUAACGGGUCUCUGGAAGGAGAUUUCCAUCAUGGUCUAAACUUGGAUUUGACUCAUUCAACUCAGCUGAGCAUUCCCCAGACCCUGGGUUUAAGUGGUGAGAUCUUCUUCAAGCAACGGCCACUGGGAGAAUUUGACUGUGGUGUAACUCUGCAAGCUUCUGUCAGCCAGAAGGUCACAUCGCAGUUCUUGCUUCAGUUGAAUGGAUCCAAGUCUCAUUUUGCGGUUUUCUCCCACCUUAGCCACCCUGCCAGGGUGACAUUUCUUCCAAAUUUCCAGGUACAGGCUGCUGGUAGACAUUACAAAGAUGGAGGCAUCAAUGGCUCCUUGUCUGUGCAUGCCUCAGGGAAGGAGCUAACUGUGCUAGAGGCCAGUAUGAGCAGAGAGACCAGGAAGAGCUCCAAGGGCUGGGAUGUGAGUGCCAUCUUCCGACAAGCCAUCUUCACCGAACCCAGAGCAGUGAGGCUACAAUUGUCCAGCAAGAUCACUCCAGCAAGGGUCUGGUUCUUUUCUAAGAUGAAUCUCAAUCAGAACAGUGUCCAGAUGUUUCUCACAGGAUCCAAGGAACAGAAGGUGGGACCCAUCCUGUCCCUGAAGGGCAGAGUCCAGCACAACAUUGACAACUGGGGGGCUCUUCCAAAGCUCCUCGACCUCACUGGAUCUCUCAAACAGAAGAACCACAGCAAUGAGGGGAACCUCAGUAUCCUCAUUGAGGAUGCCAUGUUCGGGCUCCGUCUGAGGGACAAACACAUGAUGGGCAACAGCAGCAGCACGCACAGUGUGACCGCUGUGAUGGUUCAGAAUGGCAGUCGGGCCAUCCCUGGAGAGCUUAAGCUGAGGGGACAGCUAGAGAGCCAGGCUGAUGGCUUUCGCGGCCACGCCACCUUUCAUGCAGACAAGACGGUUUUGUCCCUGGGCACAGCCUGCAUCACGGCUCCUCCCCACCGGCAGCUCUCUGCCCAUCUGGCCCACAACAGUAGCACUUUAAGAAAUGCAGGGCUGCCCACUCACGGAGAGAUUCUGUUCUCCCACACCUCCCUGGCUCCGGGCCACAGGCUGACCCUGGGGCUACAGAGCCCCAGCGGCGGUAUGGAGGCUGCCUUCAGAGUGGAAGGCCCUUCCGGGGAAUUCCCAGAGAGCCGAGUCACUGCGAACUUGAGCCACACCGUGGCGGGCUUCCGGCAGCUCGGGAUCCCUUUUUCAGUGGAAGGAGACUGUUAUUACCAGAACUCUGGCUCCAGGCUGGUGGCCAGCAUGAAGGCUGGCUUAGAUGGUGAGCACUUUCGGAUGGCGCUGGAAAGGAAGAAAAAUGGAAGCAGUUCAGAAGAGAUGGUUCUGGGGCUAGAGCACAGCGUGACCAGACUCCUUGGUGUGGUGCCCUCCCGGCUUCAGGUCAGCUGCGGCGGCGAGACCUCCUCCAGCCAGCUCUCCGGUCACUGCAGCGGAGACAUCUCCCGCCACCCCUUUGAGAGUCCAGCCAUGAUGUCCCUGAAUGGUUCUCUUCUGGCAGAUGGCUGCAAGGCCAGCCUGGUUGGACAUCUCUCUUCUGGCGAAGACUUUACCCACAUCUACUUUCACACCUUCUGUGGACUCCACAGCCACUUGGAAGCUGGGCUUCAGCAUUCCUGGCCUCUACUCAAGGGACUGGGCAUUGCCAGAGAAAACCAGAUUAGGGUGUCAGCUACCAGAGGAGAUUCACCAAGGGCGCUGCUUCAGCUGACUACAGGUCCAUGUUCUGUGAUGGCAGAUGGAGGCGUCAGGAAGGAAAACAACACGACUCACACCAACUGGACCCUUUCUCUGGGAAACCAUUGCCCUAUACUGGAGAAAGCAGGCUUUCCCCAGAGCUUAGCCACAAGGGGCUCCCUCAGGGUUGGAGCCUGUAGCAGUGACCUCACCAUGGCCCUCCAGAGCGAUGGAGGAGAUGCUCACAUGCACUUAGCAAGUUCCUGCAGACAAAAGUCCAUGGUGCAAGGAAGCCUCCAGCACUCCUUCCAGUCCCUGAGCCGCCUGGGGCUGCCCCCCAGCAGCACCAUCCAACUGCAGGCAGGGUUGGACCCUGAUCCACAAAGCUCCUUGACUCUCCAAGUUGGGCAGUGCCAGCUUCGAGGCAGUAUGGAGCUGCAGCCCGGGAACAAAACCCAGUGGGUGCUGGAGACAGAGACAGACUGUGAGCUACUACAGGAGCUCGGGAUCCCCGCCCAGAUACGCGUCAAUGGAUCCGCGCAGGGGGGGAGCUGUCAGACCAAGCUGCUCUGCACCCUGAUGACGAAGGGCGGCCAGGCAGCCUACUUGGAGCUCCGGGGAACGUGCCAGCCCCAGCUCACCAUCCGGGCUGCACUCCGGCACAACUUGCCGGCGCUCUGGGCUGUUCCAGAAGAGACCAAGCUGUCUCUUCAAGCUGGCAAACAGGCCAAGUACCAGCUGGGUCUGGAGCUGAGAUCCGGAACCUGCGAACUCCAAGCCAAUGGGGAUCUGCAGCUGGAGAAGAGAUUCCAGUGGAGGGUGCUCGCAGAGAACUCCUGCCAAGCGAUGCAGGCUCUUGGGGCCCCAGGUAGGAUUGAUGGCUCAGGCUACGUGGUAGUGAACAGUGUGGAUCUGGAUGCCCAGAUGUUGGUCACUGUGGAUGACAGCACCAUCCGAGGGCUCCUCAUCCUAAAGGCCACUGAGACACACCAAGAACUAGACAUGCUCUUCACCCACAACCUCCCUGACAGUGUCCACUUUGGCAUCCCAGCUCGGACCCUGGUGGAUGUGACUACAGUGAGAAAUAAUCACAGUUACAAGCGGACUAUCCGAUGUGGCAUGGACAGCAAACAGAUUUCUGAAGAGCUCAGUUUCACUCAACAAUCAGACUAUGUUUCCCUCGACUACAAAAUCCGACAAAAUGUCCCAAUGUUACAGGCACUAGGGGUGGAAGACAGGAUAGAACUACAGGUCUCUCUGGACCACCAAGCAGCCAAGAACUUGAGCGGGAGGGCCCAGUACGGCUCGGGCAUCAUCACCUUCGGGGGCCACAGCCAAAGCAGCAUGGCCAGACAGUCCUGGUCCGGGGCCCUUUGGCAUAACUGGCCUGUGCUGUUGCAGUGCGGACUCCCAGAUUCUCUUCAGUUCGUGAUGGACCUUCGAGGAGCCGGUCCCAACGUGAACAGCUCUGUGAAUAUUCUGGCGGGGCGGACCUCUCUCCACUACACCGUGAGCUGUUCUUACACUGGACAGCAAAUGGCCAUCUCCUGCUGGAGCAAACAUAACAGCACCGCGCUGAGGCUGGGGACCGGCUACCCCGAGGUGGCUGGUCUCACUGUAGAGCUGCAGACACUGGAAACCAAGACCCAGGGCAGCGUGAACAUCCAGGGAGGGGACAGGAAAGUCAGUUUGGAUGCUGUAGCUCUGACAGCCGUGGAGCUAAAUGGUACCCUUGAGCUUGUGACCCACCUCCGACACACAGUUCCAAUUCUCAGGCAGCUGGGCUUGCCCUUCACAACCCAGUUGGUAUUUCAGGAAAUCUUGGCAGCCAGGGAAAUGAAAGCAUCCUUGGAGGUGACCUGUGAGUCCCAAACAAGUCUUCUCAUCCAUGUAAGGGGAAGGAACCAACCAUUCAGUAAAGAAUUGCACAUCACCUGCCAACAGCACCUCUCCUUCCUCCUCCACCACUUCCCUGGUAGAGCCAAGUUUUCCACAAAGGUAAGUGAGGACUCCCUGGAGCCCAUAUCCCUCCCUUGUCUGGCUCCUAACUCUUUCCCCAGGCAUCCUCUUGUUGUGACUGCCUUCCAAAGAGGAGAAUUGAGGGAGAAGGGCAGAUUCAAAGAGAAAGGAGGACAGAGAUUUGGAGGGAGCAGCGUCAUCAAUACAGAAGAAUUUGUUAAAUGUCUACAUCUGUACAGGGAGCUAAAGAAAACCCAGGUGAAUUACUCUACAGACAAAGCCGAAAGCAUGGUUGCCGUCGACCUGGAAAAACACCAUUUCCACGCAGCCACAAAGCUGACGUUUGCCGCCUCCAACCUCACGCAGGUCACUGAGCUGAUGCACACGAUCCCCCAGCUCAAGAUCAUCCCCUGGGAAAUGGUGCUCCUGACUGUGUACCAGAAGGCCAAAGGAACAAGGACCUUCCAGCAGUUGGUACUGUGGGAUGGCCAAGAGGUCAAGUUCACUGGCAGCUACACAGGGCUCUUUCCCAAGUUCUCCAGGGGCCAGCACAUGCAGCUGGAACUCGUCCAUCCUCUCUCCAUCCCUUUUCCUCAGCAUUCCAAGGUCACCAUGUCCUUGCUACACUCAGUCCACAGCCAUCAAGAUAAUUUAGUCAUUGAAUGGAACAACAAGGAGCAGGUGGUGCUCUCCUCCUCUUUAAAACUGGGGAAAGAUCAAAUGGAUGGCCAGGUGGCAUUUGUUCAUCCCUUCAACUUCUCCUGGAGCCACGUGGAAGCUAGAGGCUUGGCAGAAAAGAGAGGGAACAGAUAUAGUCAACAGGUACUUCUUGCCUGGAAUAGGGGAAAACCUGCCAAUUUCCAGCUCAUCUGGGCAGACAAGUCGGAGGUUUCCAUCACCAGCUGGGAAGGCUGUCUGACUGCAACCUUAGGACAGCUCCAGGAAUUCCUGAGCCCGGGCCAUGUCCAGGCCUGCGGGGCUGUCACUCAGACGGCAGGGCUGUUCAGCGAGCAUCUCGAUCUGUCCUGGGACAGCCAGAAAGUCAAACAGAGUCUGAAAUAUGAGAGAUCCCAGUCACUCCAGUCAGAUAGACUCCAUGUAGAAAUGACACUAGAGAAUAUCUUCUUGACCUCCUGCCCUAAGCAAAACUUCCUGGGAGAAAUAGAGACAAACUACCUCAGCCGGCUCAGCCAUUCCCUCAAGCUAGGACUCUGUGACCUUCCCAGUGCUGUUAUGGUCUCUGGAGAACACUUGCUGAGCCAAGGUAGCUUCAUGCUGCAGUCCAGAAGCCUGAUCCGCCUUGCCCCAGACCCCGGGGAUGGCUUGGUAUUGGCUUUGACACUCAGGAACCAAAGUACCCCAAAGACUCAAAACUUCUCUGGAGAGCUAGAGCUGAGGGGUCCAGGGGACCAACAAGUGAGCCUGCUGGGAAGGGUCACCGAAUCAGCCGCUCACCGUGCAGUCCUGCUGCAGGGGAGCAUGGAAGGAGAGGAGAAGCUAGAGCUGACAGCUUCCCGGGCCCCCGACUGUCUCCGGGCUUCCCUGGCCUAUGGAAAAGGGACCAAGGAGGAGGCUGUGGAGAUCCGCGCCUGCUCUGACGGGAGACAGGUGGCCAAGGCUGAAGCUCUGCUCCAUGGCGGUGGUGGGCAUGGCGAACGCUUGGGCCAACUGAUCCUCAGGGCUGCCAACCAGAGUCUAAGCCUGGAGGCUCACGGCUGUAUCACGCCCAUUGGAAACAUGGAGUCCAAACUGGCCGAGGUUGGGUCUCGCCUACAAGCCAGACUCGUGGAAAAGUUCCAAGUGUUUGACGCCUACAUCCAGAAGUUCCGGGACCUGGUGCGGCGGAUUGACUUCCUGGACACUGCAGCUGGCUGGGUCCUCCAGAUGUCCCAGGCUGCUGGGAGAGCACUACAGGCAGGGGGGAAAGCUGCAGCUGGACUGUGGAGACAAAGCUCAGCCAGGCAGGUGCUGAGACACCACCUCUCGCUGCACCUGGAGAGGCUCCAGAGCAUCAUGGAACAGACCCAGAGUGAGCUGCAAAAGCCGCUGGCCACGCUGAAGGCUGCCUACUACGAAGUGACGCUCCAACCCCUGGAUGAGGUGUGGCGAGAGAGAACCGAGGAGGCUCUGAGAAGGAUACAGGCUUGUGUGCCCGCGGGGAUGAAGGACACCUGGCUCACGAGGCCAGUGCUACUGUCUUUACAAGCUGUGAAGGGUGCCCUGGAUCUGGCUGCCCACCAGAUACUAAAGUGGGCAGAAGCCAAAUUCUCCAAAGCAGUCAGAAGAAUCCGGAGACCCUUGGCCAGUAUUUACAGCUUCUCUGCCAGGAACUGCUCCGUGCUGGUGAGGCUUCCAGUGCUGCCAGGAGGGGACCAACCACUGAACGUGGCCAGGGUGGCCAACUACCUGGUCGAGGAGAAGUUGCUGCAGCCGCUUCGUGAGCUGUACGGCGUCAACCUCCUGGCGGAGUACUACGGGAUCAAGCAUCGGCUGCUGGAGAACCCCUUUGAGCACCAUGCAGUGAUGAUUGGGGACAGGCACGUGGUGACAUUCGAUGGGCAUGUCUAUGACCUUACCUCCAAAUGCAGCCUGGUGCUUGCCAAAGACUUUGCUCACAACUCCUUCCUAUUUUUACUGAACCAGUCAAGCACGGGCCCUAAAUCCCUCUACGUGGAGCUGAAUAACACGGCCUUCAUCAUCUAUCCAGGGCCGAAGGGCUACAACGUAUAUGAGUCUUCCUUGAAGGGAGAGAAUUGUCUGAGCUUGGAUCCACUGCCACUGCCUGCCAAGGUCAGAGUCAAUGGCAGGAAAGAAAUUCAUAGAAUAGAAUUGUCCAAUGAGAACGGUGCAGUGGUCUCCUGCGACCUUCAUUCUGAUCUCUGUAGUAUGACACUGGAUGGCUGGAACCAUGGUCUGUCGGCGGGCAUCUUGGGCACCAAUGACAACGAGGCGGGCAAUGAUCUGUUGCUCCCAAACGGCUCCCUGGCAGGCAACCUGGAGGAAUUCGCUGAGGCAUGGCAGGUGGAUGGUGAGUGCAGGACCCAGAGGAAGAAAGAAGAGGUCUGUCUUAGGGCUUCUUCCUCCAGACUCUGCAAGGCAUUCUUUCUGGAUGCCCAUUCUGAACUCCGGAAUUGUUUUCGAGUGGUGGAUCCGGCCCCAUUCUACCGCAUGUGUGCUCGGGACCUCUGUGAGACGAGUGAGCUCCGGGCAGCCUGCACGAUGGUCUCUGCCUACAUCCACCUGUGCGGCAGAGGCUUUGUUCCCCUGGGAACUCCUCCUCCUUGCUGGCUCAUUGGAGUGUGAAGGUGGCCCUGCAUUCCCCAAAGGGAUGCCCAUGAAAUACCAGCCAUGGCGGCUCCCACCAGGCAGAGAAGCCUUUGCGUAGGGGUCUAGCAAGGGGCCAGCCAUCCAUCGGACCAAAGACCCAAACAGCUGAGAGCUCAGGGACACUUACGCUGGAAGGAUGAACAACCUUCCAGGAUUCCAAGAUGAGAAAUCCUCCUGGCCACAGCGACUCUGGAACCCUCCACAAAGGCACGGAGGAAAUAGAAUCAGGGACCAUUUGCAAGACUGAGGUGUUUCAUUUCAUAGCCGGACUUCAUUUUUUUUUAAACCCUUACCUUCCAUCUUGGAAUCAAUACUGUGUACUGGUUCCAAGGCAGAAGAGCGGUAAGGGCUAGGCAAUGGGGCUCAAGUGACUUGCCCAGGGUCACACAGCUGGGAAGUGUCUGAGGCCAGAUUUGAACCCAGGACGUCCCAUCUCUAGACCUGGCUGUCAAUCCACUGAGCUGCCCCCAGAAAUAAGUCUUGAAUAAAGGAUUUUUGAUGGUGAUAAUAAGCCCACAUUGUUUGCCACAGAGAAUUCUAGAACAGUACAUAAAAUGUCUUAGAGCCAGUUUAUGCCUGAUUUGUCAAUUAUUAAAUUGUCACUGUGUAUCCACAUAUAUUUUUUUAAGAGCCAGUUGUUAAACCUGUAUCUUGUUGUUGAGUUAUUUUUCAGUAGUGUCUGACUCUGUGAUCCCAUUUGAGGUUUUCUUGGUGGAAACACUGGAGUACUUUGCCAUUCCCUUCUCCAGCUCAGUUUACAGAUAAGGAAACAGGAGGGGGGACUUGUAAUUUUUUUAAACCCUCACCAUCCAUCUUGAAAUCAAUACUAUAUAUGGGUUCCAAGGUAGAAGAGCAGUAAAGGGUAGGCAAACGGGGCUAAGUGGCUUGCCCAGGGCCACACAGCUAUUAAGUUUCUAAGGCCAUAUUUUAAAUGACCUGUACUACAAUUUGACUAGUUGUUCAGCACCUUUUCAUCCUAUGCCGUGUGUCAAAAUGAGUAAGAUGACCAAAAGAAAAUCUGUUCUAGAAUCGCCUAUUUCUGAAACACCCACAAGCAAAAUUGCUCUACUUCCAACAUGUCAAGACUAUGAUAGAUUCUUUAGUCUUAUUAUUCACAGACCCAAACUUACAACUCACUGGGGACAGCUGGGUGGCUCAGUGAAUGGAGAGCCAGGUCUAGAGAUGGGAGGACUUGGGUUCAAAUCUGGCCUCGGAUACUUCCUAGCUGUGUGACCCUGGGCAAGUCACUAAACCCCCAUUGCCUACCCUUUACUGCUCUUCUACCUUGGAACCCAUAUAUAGUAUUGAUUUUAAGAUGGAAGGUAAAGGGUUUAAAAAAAAAUUACAAGUCCCCCUUCCUUGUCUGUCCCCUGACUUUUGUCCAUUUCUUUCUGUAAAUCCCCCUUAGGAUUUAAAUUUAGAUCUCCAGACACUGGGCAGUUAUCCCUCCAUUUAGGCACUAGCCUUGUCCUUUCCUCUAUCCCUGGUACCUUUCCUCGAUGAUAUUCUUUAUCCUCCGCCUUGUCUGUAAUAAAAGUUGGCCACCGACUUGCCCUGCCGCGCUCCUCUCCAUCCUCCGUGGGUGAUUCUUAGCUUCCACUCUCCAGAGGCUGGCAUUCCUUGACUCACAGCCACGCAGCUCCACCAGAACAUUGACAUGAGAAAGAUGAGCCUUUGUUUCAAGGAGAGAUUGGGAUUCAUGAAGAGAAUUUGGACUCUUGCAGAGAUAAUCCAGCUCAGGGCUGUCACCAAGCUCACCUAUGAGAAGCUGAAGGAUACAGAUUCAGAUUCUCUGCCUUCUUGGGGCUCAAAACCAGAAAUAACCAGCUUGGGUGCUGGCCAGACUCCUGUUUUAAUAGAAUUAGUAACUAUGCACAGCACAUUUGGUAAAGAACAGCAGAGAGAUGGGUAAAUAUUUACAUGGCUAUGUUCAAGGAAAGAGAAGCCUGUUGUUUGGUACAGGAUCGUUGGGGAAAAUGACACCAUCUUCUCCAUCCCAGGUAUAUUCCAGUUUUAAGGACUCCAGAGGAGACUGAUCUGUUUUCUUCAACCAUUCUAUCCUACCGGAGGUGGAGGAAUAUUCCUUAUAUCUUGAUACCCAGCAGCCUCCCAGUAGCAAUAACACCUGCGAUCAAAAAAUGACUCCUUUCCCUCAAACUAUUGUCCCAACUAUUGUCCCUUCCAUCCCUUCUACUCUUUUCUUUUUCUUGUUUAAAAUUCUUUUCUAAAAUUCCUUCUCUUCCUUGCCCAGAGUCUCACCACUAGAACUGUCAGGGGCCAGAUUGUCCUUCCAAUUCCAUGCCUGGCACUUUAUCCACCAUGCUACCUAGCCAUCCCUCUUUCCUUCUUUUCCAAAAGUUAGAGACCAAAGUCAGGUUUGGCUCCAAGACUGUAAAUAUCUUCUGUAAGGUCACACGAGAAUUCUAAGAAAGAUUUCCCUGAUGUCCUCUGUAAUGAUUAAAAUUCUCAAAAGACAGAAUUUCUAAAUUAAAAAAAAUUAUUGGCUGGCCAAGAAAUCCUAAUUAGGGUCAAAUGAUACUCUUGGCAAUCAAAAGGCAACAGAAACUCCUGGCCCAGGUACUUAUAUGCAUUUUGGGGAGUUCAUUAUUCAGCUCUUUCCUUGAACAUCCCAAGUCAUUUCAGUUGGUAAUCAGAUAAGUAGGAGGUGGUCCAUCAAACCCUCAGCCCUUCCCCACAUCAACAGGCAAAAGUUUGCAUUUAGGCUGGAAAAAUGCUACUGUAGAAGGUUCCUGAAUCUAUGAAAGGACCACAUUCCUAAGGACAAGAAAAUGCAAAAAUCUAUGGACUGGAUAGAGCCAGGUGUCAGACCCAGUUCAAGAAUUCUCCCUAAUAUACAGGAUCUGAUUUGGGGGCCUUUAUAAUCUAGGUCCUUGACAUAAAAAUAAUACAGCAUACGAAAAAGAAAUUCUCACACCCCUUAUGUAUACAAUUCGCCAGACAGCUGGCUUUUCCUAAUCUGAGGAUUUGUUUAGUCCCUUUUAUAGGUAAAAUUUCCAUAAACUUUGCUUCUAGAAACCAUAGCAGUUCUACUCAUCUAUCCCCAGUCAAAAUACCACUAACAGCAGACCAAAAACAAAAACUCUGUGGUUUGUGGAGUGUAGAGAAGGCAAGAAGAAAGGGAAAAGGGGUUAAGAGACUGAAAUAGUCAUAAAAAAGGGUCUGUUUUUGCUGACAUAUCUAGGGAACAUGUUGAUUGUCAAAGUUCCCUUUAACAACCUUUUUUUUUUCUUACAGGUGAAAAAUGAGAAUUGGCUUUGAUGUUUAAAAUCUUGCUUUUAUAAAAAUCUUUAGGCCAAGAGAUCUAGAAGUUACAUUAAAACAGAACUGAAGGGAUCUCUCUUUCUCUGCCCCAUUAAACACAGUCUGGGCUUCUCAUACAUGCUUUGUUCUUUAAGACCAAAACGUUUAGAGAGUUUGGUUUCUGUUCAGAAAAUUAUAGAGAAGUUUAACCAACCAGUCAAUUUGAAAGCAUUGAAAGACAUCUUGGUUGUUUAAUAAAAGUCAGUAUUUUAGAAACUUCUGCAUUUCUACCAAAAAAACAAAGAGAGCUGCUCCUUUUCAGGCCACCCAGCACUUAAGUGAUCACACACAUGUGUGGCACUUUUCUGGGCACCAUGCCUAGUUAACAAAACAUUUAAUACCCUGGAGGAGUUGAUGUUAAAAAAAAUGGUCUUUGCCAAACCACAUACAUUCACAUGAACGAAGGGAAAUUGAUGUUCAACCUGGUCUUCAUCAACAUUGGCUCCUCUCGGGGGAAAAACAGUGAUUGCCACAUUUGUUGCCAAAGGGCUGGGUCCUGAUGUUGAGAAAUAGAGGGCUUGGACUUUGGUUGCUAAAUUUGCCUGUUGUGCAUAUAGUUAAAUCUUCAACAAUUGUUCUAAUUCCCAAAACCUAUCUUUUGCCGCCAUCUUAGAUCCGCCUAGGAAACACGUAUAUUGUCAGAGUUCUUUUGGUUCAUCAUUUUUUUCUUCAUUUAAUCAUAUCAGCAAAGUUUUAAGUCAAGGCCAUCUCACCUUUUUCACCUGGAAAAAAAUAACUAUAAGGAAAAACCACAAUGACAAUGGACAUACUCCCUGAAUGUAUCCAAGAAAAUAGCAAAAGUAGGAGUUGAGUCAGUACAAAUAUUCAAGACUUAGCUGUGCAUUUAUAAGGCAAAUAUUAUACCUGGAAAAAUUGUCAGUAAAAAAAUAGCCUUGAGCUUUACCUGGGAAGUUUCUCUGCCUAGAUUUGGAAUGAUUUCUGGUACUUACCAAUCGUGAUGCCCUUUCACCAGUUCCUCUGACUUUAUUUCUAAAUCGGCCUCUAGAAAGAUGUAGUAGCAUUAGUAUUUUGUCGCUCAGUUGUUUCAAUCAUGGCCAUCUCUUUGGGACCCUAUUUAGAGAUUUCUUGGCAAAAAUAUUGGAGCGAUUUGCCAUUUCCUUCCAGCUCAUAUUAACAUGAGGAAAUAGGCGAACAGGGUUAAGUGACAUGCUCAGAGUCAUACAGCUAGGAAGUAUCUGAGACCAGAUUUGAAUUCAGAAAGUGUCUUCCUGGCUUCAGACGUGACACUCUAUCUCCUGUGCCACCCAACUUCAAGACAGCAAAGCCUAUUGGAAAGAUACCACUUCCUCAUUCCAACAUAACCCUAUGGCAAAGUCUGAUUUUUUAAAAAUAAAUUCCUCUAGGGCUACCAAGUAAGGCAAAGAUUAGGGUGAAAAGCACCACAUAUAAAGAUGUGUAUGUA